AUGCCGUCCAAGGGGGGUUCAUUCACGGAGUACGGGGAAAAGCCGAGCUCGCGGCGGCCCGGCUUGCUGAAGAACCAGCUGCGGCUGGUGCGGCGAGUGAUGCCGGAUGGCAAGGCGCGGAAGGAGAUAGCUCCGGUGGAGGAGCAGCUGUCGUUCGAGAAAGGCUUCUUUCUCUUCAUCCGCGCCGUCCAGCUGCUCACACAGAACAACGCGGGGGUGAUACUGGUGGGGCUGGCGGGGCCGUCGGGCGCGGGCAAGACGGCGUUCACGCACAAGGUGGCGGGCUUCAUGCCCUCCAUCGCCGUGCUCUCCAUGGACCACUACAACGUCGCCUCGCGCGUCAUUGACGGCAACUUCGACGAUCCGCGCAUCACGGACUACGAGCUGCUGCUGGAGAACAUCGAGGGGCUGCGGCGAGGCGAGGCGGUGCAGGUGCCCAUCUACGACUUCAAAUCCAGUCAGCGCGUCGGCUUCAGGGAGCAAGCGGUGCCCAAGUCACGUGUGAUCAUCCUGGAGGGCAUUCACGCGCUCAACGAGCGGGUGAGGCCGCUGCUGGACCUGCGGGUGGCCAUCACGGGCGGCGUGCACUUCGACCUCGUCAAACGCGUGCUGCGUGACAUUGACCGAUCCGGGCAGGCUCCAGAAAGCAUCAUUCAACAAAUUUCCGAGACGGUGUACCCGAUGUACAAGGCGUUCAUAGAGCCGGAGCUGAAGACGGCGCACAUCCGCAUGGUGAACAACUUCAACCCCUUCUCCGGCUUCCAGGACGCCACCUACCUCCUCAAGUUUUAUUCCAUCCAUUCUUUCUCUCCUCCCCCGUACUCCCUCCGUUCCUCUCCUUUUCUUCCCCGCUGGCCUCUGAACGGGAGGGUGCAGUCGCGAGCAGAGGGCGAGGGGUGGGAGGAGCGGGUGAGAGCGGUGCUGGCAGGGGGGCACACGCGGGAGGAGGUGGAGACGUAUGAGAUCUACCUGCUACCGCCCGGGGAGGACAAGGACACGUGCCAGUCGUACCUGCGCAUGCGCAACCGCGAUGGGCGCUACUCGCUCAUGUUUGAGAUCCCCCACUCAGCCCACCUCCCCAUCCGCUCCUCCUCCCUCCUUGACGAUGCUAGGGUGCUCGUCUGCUGCCAGUUUCAACCCCUGACCAAGGAGUGGGUGACGGACGGCCCCUUUAUAAUCACACCGCGCAUCACCUUUAGUGUGUCGGUGCGGCUGCUGGGGGGGCUGAUGGCGCUGGGGUACGAGAUAGCCCACAUCGUCCACCGCGAGUCCAUCGUGAUCAAAGAGGUGUCCCCACAGGGCGAGCAGGGGGAAGCAAACGCGGCGUUUUCAGUCAAGAUUGACAAGAUCGAGCAGCUGAAAGCUACCUAUGUGCAGAUGUCACCUCGCUGGCUUGCCCCUGUCUGGGUGACAGUGCGGUGUUGGCAGGGGGAAGCCAUCACCGCACUGUCAGAUCUGUCAGAAGCAGACAGGUGGGCUGUGGAGGCCUUACUUCCUUCAACUCGUGUUGUUCUAGGACAACGAGACAAACCCCAUCAGGGUGGCCGCUGGCUUGCCCCUGUCUGGGUGACAGUGCGGUGUUGGAAGGGGCAAGCCAACACCGCACUGUCAGAUCGAGCAGCUCAAAGCUACCUAUGUGCAGGUGGUAGGAUUGAGUGA